GCAGAUAUCAAGGACUGCAUCCUGGAACCUCUCUCAUUUCCAGAAAGUCCAGGACCUACAACUGUCCCAAGUGAUGCUGUGCAUUUGCCAUGUAUGUUCUGUGAACAGCUGUACAAGGUGGCGGAAAAGGACGGACUCAUCAAACAUAUGAUUAUUGAGCAUAAGCUUGUCAUUGCCGAUGUAAAGUUAAUAGCAAAUUUUAGGAGCUAUGUUUUGUAUUGGAAGAAAAGAUUUUCAGAGCAGCCAAUAACAGAAUUCUGCUCCGUAAUCAAGACUAAUUCAGAAGCUCCAGAAGAACAACAAGAAAACUAUUUUUUCCUUUGUGACGUUUUACCAGAAGACCGUGUCCUACGGGAAGAGCUCCAGCAGGAGAGAUUGAGAAUCAUUUUGGAACAGCAGCAGUGUGAGAGAUCAGAUACAAGCUUUCAGAGGCUCUGCAUGUUUUGUGAUGAAGAAUUUAAAGGAAACAGAUCUAUUCUUUUUAAACACAUGAAAGAAGAGCACUCAUUCAAUGUUGGACUGCCAGAUAAUCUUGUAUAUUGCAAUGAGUUUCUAGAUGUGUUACAGAGAAAAUUGGACAAUUUGCAGUGUUUAUAUUGUGAAAAAAUAUUUAGAAACAAAAGUACUCUAAAGGACCAUAUGAGAAAAAAACAACAUCGCAAAAUCAAAGCGCAGAACCAGGAGUACGAUCGAUUCUAUAUAAUCAACUAUUUGGAACUAGGGAAGAACUGGGAGACUGUUCAAUCAGAAGAUGAUCGGGAAUUUAGAGACAACAAUGAAGAGGACUGGUCUGACUGGGAGGAGCUUCCUGUUUUUGCUGUAUGCCUGUUUUGUGACAAGCAAGCAGAUACAAAUGAAAAAUUACUUUGCCACAUGAAGGUAUGUAUCCCAGGGGUGUCUUGAGAGAAUAGAGGGACUAGGACUGAAAUUCUAUCAGCAAGUUAAAUUGGUGAAUUUUAUUAGAAGGCAAAUCCAUCAGUGUCGAUGUCAUGGCUGUCAAGAGAAAUUUCAGUCGAAAAGAGAAUUAAUAACUCACAUGGAAAAAUACAGUCAUAUAAGUGUUCUUCCUGAGAGAUCUGUAUGGGAUCAGCCACAGUAUUACUUUCCCACUUAUGAAAAUGAUUCCCUCUUGUGUACAUUGUCUGACAGUGAGGAGGAGACAGCAGCACAGAAUGAUGAGCUCCCGGUUAUUGGAGAAGAUCUUUCAAGGCUUGAAGCACUAAAAAAGACGAGUGUACUUAACCAGCUAUUACAGGACAAUGUCUUAAGGAGAUAA